UCUGCCUUGGAGACCGGGGCUUGCCCCCUUCCUUCUGCUUUGGAUAUAGAGCUUCAGUCUCCAUCAUCAACCAUCCAGGGAGGAAUUUGGACUUCCACCCAGUGAUCUUCUUCUCAGAGUUCCCAUCAAGCUAUUGUGAUGCCACAUGUCAUGUGCCUGGAGAACCCUCUGCUGUACCUUCAUGAUGGAACCAGAGUGAAAAGAAUCUUAGUAUUGCUAUGAAAACAGUUUUGAUGUCACAGAAUUCCUUUGCAAAGUUCUCAGAGACGCUUUGAGAACCACUGUUUUGUGUCAUCAGUAGUCACCUCCAGCACAUGGAACCACGGAAUGAUACACUAAUUUCACAAUUUUUUCUUCUGGGAUUCUCAGAUGCACCAGCACUGCAGUCUCUCAUAUUUGGUCUUUUCCUCUCCAUGUACUUGAUCUCUGUAUUGGGGAACCUGCUCAUUAUCCUGACUGUCAGCUCAGACUCCCACCUCCACACCCCCAUGUACUUCUUCCUCUCCAACCUGUCCUUUGCAGACAUCUGUUUCACCUCCACCACCAUCCCAAAGAUGCUGUGGAACAUCCAGAGCAAGAACAAAGUUAUAACUUACGAAGGCUGCAUCACACAGAUGUAUUUUUUUGUACUCUUUGCAGUGUUGGAUGACUUACUCCUGACUGUGAUGGCCUAUGACCGGUUUGUGGCCAUCUGUCACCCCCUGCACUACACGGUCAUCAUGAAUCCACGCCUCUGUGGUCUGCUGGUUCUGGUGUCCUGGAUCCUGAGUGUCCUGAACUCUUUGCUACAAAGUUUAAUAGUUUUGGAUCUGACCUUCUGUGAAGACUUAGAAAUACCCCAAUUUUUCUGUGAACUCAAUCAGGUCAUCCAACUUGCAUGUUCUGACACCUUUCUUAACAACAUGAUGAUAUAUUUUACAUCACUGCUUCUGGCCAUUGGUCCCCUGGCUGGAAUCCUUUACUCUUACUCGAAGAUAAUUUCCUCCAUAUGUAGAAUAGCAUCAGCUCAGGAGAUGUAUAAAGCAUUUUCUACCUGCGCAUCUCACCUCUUGGUCGUUUCCCUGUUUUAUUGUACAAGCCUAGGGGUGUACCUUAGCUCUGCUGUUACCCACAGCUCACACUCAAGUGCAGCAGCCUCAGUGAUGUACACUGUGGUCACACCCAUGCUGAACCCUUUCAUCUACAGUCUGCGGAACAAAGACAUAACUAGAGCUCUGAAAGCAUUUAUGGGACAGCAGCUCUAACCAGGAUGACUUUCCUGAGUCUCAAGAAGUGCCCUUGACUGCAGGACAGAGAGCAACUGAGCCAGGAACUGCUUUUCCUUGAUCACUUUGUGGACGUAGACCUUGUUCUUUCUAUUGAUUUCCAUGAGUGUCCAUUUCUUUGUCUCCACCUCUUUAUACAAUUUAAGUAACUCACUUUGUAAUUCACUUCCGGAGUCUGAUAAAGUUUUCCCAUUUAUCCUUUGU